ACUGGUAGAUCGAAAGAUAUUAUUCAUUUGAACCAUCAACAUAAUUUGUGAAACAAUAGAUCACAAUCUUUGCACCAGAAAAAAGUGUGAAGCAAUGGAAAAUUUUCUCAUUUGCUGACUUAGUCACGUGGGUGGACUAAAUGGGGAGAUAUAUAGAGAGGGAAAGAGAUCAUGAGCUUCAAGUGUAAGUGAGAGUGUGUGUAGAGAGGGGGAGAGAGAGAGAGAGAGAGAGAUGAGAUGGGUCGUGUAAGUAUUUUUAGAAAGGGAUCAUGGAGUGAAGAAGAAGAUAAGUUACUGAGAAGAUGUGUAGAGAUGUAUGGAGAAGGGAACUGGAGGCAUAUCCCAUCAAGGGCAGGUCUGAAUCGAUGUCGCAAGAGUUGCAGGCUCAGAUGGUUGAACUAUCUCCGACCAAACAUCAAGCGAGGUGACUUUGCACUUGAUGAAGUUGACCUCAUCAUCAGGCUCCAUAGGCUGUUGGGCAACCGGUGGACUCUGAUAGCAGGAAGAAUUCCAGGAAGAACAGCUAAUGAUGUUAAGAACUACUGGAACUCUCACUUGAGCAAGAAGCUUAGGUCAGAGCACACUCUAACAUCAAGGUGUACAAACAAGCUCCAUGAAUCCAGCAACCCCUCCAUGAAUUCCAGGUGGUUGAGGGGGACAUCUGAGUCUUCUUCCGGUCAUGAUCAACAACCCCAGAGAGAAGAGGAGGAGGAGGAAGCAAAACCUUCCUUCUGGAAGAGUUUGCUAUUAGAAAGGGAAGAGAAGGAGACGAAUUCAACAAACUUGGCAGUUGAGAAAAAAGAAAUGGUUGUGGGAGAGGAUGACUUAGUUGUAGGGGUUGAUGAAUUGCUUCAAGACUUAGACUUGGAUUUGGACAUGGACAUGGAAUUGUGGGGUGUGUUUGGUGAUCAGUAGUGGCCACUAAGCUUUAGCAUCGUACUCUUAGUGAGGAUGGAAUCCUAUGUACGUAUUUUCUUUAUGGAAAAAAGAUUGUUACGCUGCCCUUGUAUAGGUUUCUAUAUACCCUUUUCACAAAAUAAAUAAUGGGGUUCACAUUGAUAUUUUCUCUCUUAUUUGACCUUGUACAAUGGCAGAGAUUGCAGAAUUGAUAUUAACACCAGUCUUCUUUACAUGUCUCAAA